UGCGGCGCCUCGAGCCUCCGGGCUACGGGGACUGGCAGGGGCCCGACCCCUACGGGCCAGGGGGGGGCAAUGGAGCCGGCACAGCUUAUGGAGGCUACAGCUCGCAGACCCUGCCCUCGCAGGCGGGGGCCACCCCCACCCCCCGCACCAAGGCCAAGCUCAUCCCUACCGGCCGGGAUGUGGGGCCAGUGCCCCCUAAGCCAGUCUCGGGCAAGAGCACCCCCAAACUCAACGGCAGCGGCCCCAGUUGGUGGCCGGAGUGCACCUGUACGAACCGGGACUGGUAUGAGCAGGUGAAUGGCAGCGAUGGCAUGUUCAAGUAUGAGGAGAUAGUACUUGAGCGGGGCAAUUCCGGCCUGGGCUUCAGUAUCGCAGGUGGCAUUGACAACCCCCACGUCCCUGAUGACCCCGGCAUCUUCAUUACCAAGAUCAUCCCUGGUGGAGCAGCUGCCAUGGACGGGAGGCUGGGGGUGAAUGACUGUGUGCUGCGGGUGAAUGAGGUGGACGUCUCGGAGGUGGUGCACAGCCGGGCCGUGGAGGCGCUGAAGGAGGCGGGCCCCGUGGUGCGGCUGGUGGUCCGGAGGCGACAGCCCCCACCGGAGACCAUCAUGGAAGUCAACCUGCUCAAAGGGCCCAAAGGCUUGGGGUUCAGCAUCGCCGGUGGCAUUGGCAACCAGCACAUCCCAGGAGACAACAGCAUCUACAUCACCAAGAUCAUUGAGGGGGGCGCUGCUCAGAAGGACGGCCGCCUACAGAUCGGGGACCGGCUGCUGGCGGUGAAUAACACCAAUCUGCAGGACGUGAGGCACGAGGAAGCUGUGGCCUCCCUCAAGAACACCUCCGACAUGGUCUACCUGAAGGUGGCCAAGCCGGGCAGCCUCCACCUCAACGACAUGUAUGCACCCCCCGACUACGCCAGCACUUUUACUGCCUUGGCUGAUAACCACGUAAGCCAUAACUCCAGCCUGGGGUAUCUCGGGGCUGUAGAGAGCAAGGUCAGCUACCCGGCUCCUCCUCAGGUUCCCCCGGCCCGCUACUCCCCGAUCCCCAGGCACAUGCUGGCUGAGGACGACUUCACCAGAGAGCCACGCAAGAUUAUCCUGCACAAGGGCUCCACAGGCCUGGGUUUCAACAUCGUGGGAGGAGAGGAUGGGGAAGGCAUUUUCGUCUCCUUCAUCCUGGCAGGAGGCCCAGCCGACCUGAGUGGGGAGCUGCGCAGGGGAGACCGGAUCUUAUCGGUGAAUGGCGUCAACCUGAGGAAUGCGACUCAUGAGCAGGCUGCAGCUGCUCUGAAACGGGCUGGCCAGUCGGUCACCAUUGUAGCCCAGUACAGACCCGAAGAGUACAGUCGCUUUGAAUCCAAGAUACAUGACUUGCGGGAACAAAUGAUGAACAGCAGCAUGAGCUCCGGGUCCGGGUCCCUCCGAACAAGCGAGAAGAGGUCCCUGUACGUCAGGGCCCUGUUUGAUUAUGACCGGACUCGGGACAGCUGCCUGCCAAGCCAGGGGCUCAGCUUUUCCUAUGGUGACAUUCUGCAUGUCAUUAAUGCCUCUGAUGAUGAGUGGUGGCAGGCAAGGCUGGUGACCCCACAUGGAGAAAGCGAACAAAUCGGCGUGAUCCCCAGCAAGAAGAGGGUGGAGAAGAAAGAGCGAGCUCGACUGAAAACCGUGAAGUUCCACGCCAGGACGGGGAUGAUCGAGUCGAACCGGGACUUCCCUGGGUUAAGUGACGAUUAUUAUGGAGCAAAGAACCUGAAAGGACAAGAGGAUGCUAUUUUGUCCUAUGAGCCAGUGACUCGACAGGAAAUUCACUACGCCAGGCCCGUGAUCAUCCUGGGCCCCAUGAAGGACAGAGUCAACGACGACCUGAUCUCAGAGUUCCCGCAUAAAUUUGGAUCCUGUGUGCCACACACGACUCGGCCCCGGCGUGAUAACGAGGUGGAUGGCCAAGACUACCACUUUGUGGUGUCCCGAGAGCAAAUGGAGAAGGACAUCCAGGACAACAAGUUCAUCGAGGCGGGCCAGUUCAACGACAAUCUCUACGGGACCAGCAUUCAGUCCGUGCGGGCAGUUGCAGAGAGGGGCAAGCACUGCAUCCUGGAUGUCUCUGGCAACGCCAUCAAGCGGCUGCAGCAGGCACAGCUGUACCCCAUCGCCGUUUUCAUCAAGCCCAAGUCCAUCGAGGCGCUCAUGGAAAUGAACCGACGGCAGACGUACGAGCAAGCAAAUAAGAUCUACGACAAAGCCGUGAAGCUGGAGCAGGAGUUCGGGGAGUACUUCACAGCCAUUGUACAGGGUGACUCACUGGAGGAGAUUUAUAACAAAAUCAAACAAAUCAUCGAGGACCAGUCCGGGCACUACAUCUGGGUCCCGUCCCCCGAGAAACUCUGAGGAGCCCCUGCAGGCUUUCUCUUGCGAACAGAAGAAAUCAAGCCCCUCCUCCCUCCCUCGUCAUUCCUGUCCCCACGGGGAGAACAAAUGACUACUGUUCUUGUCCCCUUUUUUAGAUAUGUCAAAAAAAUUGAGUUUUCUAGUCCUGUUCUGUUUUUUUAAA